AUGAACUUGACUCUUCCUCUUGCCAACUAUGAUCUGGCUCCUUAUGUAACUGUCACCAGGGAGGGUGGUAAUAGUUCAGAAAGAAAGGCUUUUCCCUCAGUAACGAUUUCACCUUCAGGUGAUUGGGUUGUGGUGAAUGAUGAGCUUCAGGCUGUCCUGUGUAGCUUUGAGACCGGAGACAAGUACCGUUUACAUGGAACACUGUUGUUCCGACAGUAUGGGUUUGACUCGUCGAUGUUUUGCCUGUUAGAAACUAACGGUGCUGUGAGCUACUUCAAUUCUUCACAACCUUCGUUACCUAUUCCGCUUUUGGUAAAAAACUUGCAUGUUAGCUGCGGCGGCGAAAUGGUUCAUGUCUCUUUUUCAUCAUUUGAUGGGGUUGUAUUGGUGUCGUCCAAUUGUUGUAUUGGAUGUGUUCAAUUUGAUACGGAAAAAUCUGCUUUUGUGGGACACUUUAGUUGUUAUAGGAAAUUAAGUGGUGUUGUGUGUUGUGGUAUAGUCUCUGACUCGUCGCUGAUGGUUGUUUUGACAAGAGAAGGCUUGUGUGGAAUAGUAAACUUUCGUUCUGGUGUUCUCUUGAGUGUUUCUAGUCAUGAAAUUUUUUCUGAACUGGGUCUUCCAUCUUUUCUUACACCCAUGCUUGGAGUGAAAUCUGGCACUGUGGAUGUUGUGGCAACUUUUCCAGAACGUGGAAGGAUACACGUCUUUGUGACCUCCACAUCACCACAAGAGAUUGAAGACGAGCAGGAAAAAUGUUUCAUAGCUACAACUUGUGAAUCCCAUUUAUGGAGCUCAGGCGCUCAGUCAUAUCUAAGAAAAUAUGGAGCAUCUUUUAUUUUGGCUUCGGUGUGGCAAGAUAUGAUUCAGUUUUCACUUUGGCAAGACACCAAAUUAUCUGACACGGCUUUGGUUGAAAAUGAAAUGAGCGUUCCGUAUGUAUCGGGUUUUUGGGUGGAUGACUUGUUCGUGGUGAUACGCGCAGAUGGCAUGGCGCUUCCAUUAUCGCUCUGCUUGAAUGUGGAAGGGUUGGAUAGGAUUAAAAUUGUGUCAGGUAAACCUAUCGAACUUGCAUCUUGUUCCAGUACCCUUUUAUGUGGAACCUCUAGAUAUUUCCUAACUUUGACUUUGACAAGUAUGGAGUCUUUAUGCAGUGGGAUACCAGGAACAGUUACUGUCACUGAUAGUAACAAUCAUAGACAGUUUUUGCAAUUGUAUGAAAAUAUACUGGAUAAAUCUGAUAUUUCUUUAAUUGACAUUAUACCAUUUGAAGAUAAUAUUGCCGUGAUAAAUGUGAAACGUUCAGGUGAGUGUUUUGCCUUGGUUCCGUGUGAUUCCCAGUUCAAAUCGAUAUUUUUGGCUCAUGAAGAGAAAGCGGAUAAAGUUACUUGUUGUUUACUUUAUAAACGGCAAUAUAUCAUUUUUGUGAUGGGGUAUGAGCACGGUAGCGUACAUGUGUGGAUUUCUGGAACAUUGAAAUGUAUUAUUCCCAUGGCGCACACAGGUGUUGUGGACAAAAUUGUCCUUUUGCCUCAAGAAAGGAGGUAUUUAGAUGCGGACUUUGUCUCAGUGUGCACAGAACGUGGAACCGUUGUAAUUCAUAACUCCGAAACGUUUGAGUGUACUCGUAUUUUGCAGUCUCCAUGUGCGCCUCUUACCAGGCUUGUUUGGGAUCCACAAACCCAGUAUGCGUUUACAGUUUCAGGUAAUGUUGGGAAUCUUUGGCAUGUACCCACAUGUCGUUUGGAGCGGGUCUUUCACAAUGUUUCAGCCGUCACCGAAGGCGCAGGGCGACGAGAUCUGUUGGCUUCUUUUGCAGAAGUUGGCGCUGUCACAAUUGACCGAAUUACUAUUUGUGGGAGAAUUCACUUUUCAUUAAGAAUGAAUGUUAUUCCUCUAAUAGACAUAUUGCCUCAACACAAAACAGAUGGUUUACCUCCUGCAUGCCGAUUGGCAUUGUCCAUCUUGUUUUCUACGUUAAAGUGUGUUGAUUACAACUUUCAGGGACCGCGUGAUUUACCAGAAGCAGGAUUCAAUGGGAGUAGUUUUUCCAUUUGUACCGUCUGUGCGGAGCAGUCUGCAGGGUAUCUUCUUUCGGUCGUUCUUUUUGCAAGAGCGCAGAAGAAUUCUCCGGGAGUUAAUUAUACAAUCUCCAUCUCAGAAGUCCAGGCACUGAGUGACUGCCUUGUGAGUUCGGGGCGGAUUGAAGCCCCACCAAGGCCCGAAAAGGUCAUUGUUCAAGCUAUACCUCUUCUUCUACAGGUGUCUGAUGCAGCCAAAAAAGACAUCCGGGUAUGCAUAAAGGCGGCCGCAGAAGGAAUGAUGGCCCCACAAUUGAAAGAUCUUUUUAAAAAAAUAUUGAUUAUGUCUUCAGAGGAUUUAUCAGUUCGUCAUUGGUUUAACGUUUCAACUAGCCUUAGUGAGCUGGAUGUGUGGUGCUAUGGAUUCUUUGUUCGAAUGACCUUUUUGGGUAGCAUGCCGCGUACCGAUGAAAUUCUUUGGAGGUCUAUUUCAGAGGGACUUAAGUCCGACGUGCCCCGUUUGACGCAGUUAUUGAGUAUGCGGGAGGGCGAAACUUGUAUAUUGUUGCUACUUCAGACUAUCAAAGAAUAUUAUCAAGAGUUAGUAGAAAUUGCGCUGGACGAUUCUAAAACCGUUGUAGAUGCAAUUGGCACGUUAGCGUUUGAGGGAGAGAACACUAAUGGUGUCUUUGCCAUUAACACUCUCAUGAGUAUUGCAAGUGUUGAGGGAAAGGAUUUUAUUGAACAUCGUGUCAAGUCGUGGUACGAUGAAAAACGUUCAUGGAGACCUCGCAUCAUCACCUUUUUUGGUGGUUUCAUUGAGUUUUCGCCGCUUCAAUCGUAUGAUGCCUUCCCAAUUAUGACGGAAUUUCUUCUUCGAGCUCUUGACCCUCACAACCCCAACAAAGAAGAACGAAGGUCAUGUCUGAUGCCUGUAGCGCAAGUAGUUCGACGUGCUGUAGAAUACUUGCCGAAUGUUUCGUUUCAACAGCACCUGCAGUAUUUAGCGGUUGGCAACAGUGACGGUGUCGUACGCGUUAUUAAUAUGAAAACGACAGGCAUUGUCGCCUCAUUUGUUUCGCACCCGGAGAAAAUAUUGUGUGUCGCCUACAGUGGCAACACUUCCACUCACGACAUUGCUGUCUUGAGUGAAAAGAUGGAAAAUAUAAAAAUAUGGCAUGCGACUCGUUCAGUGGGUUUGCUGGGUGUGAUUUUUGCGGGUCACCUGCCUGAGUUUCAGUUGAAGUCCACUGUCGAUAUUCCGCAAAUUAAUAAGGAAGGUCCCCCUGAAGGUCCUGAUCCCUUGCUGAUGAUCACGAAAUGUAGACUUCGAUGGCUUUCGCCACAUUGCGUGGAGCUGAGCUCGCCGUGGCAUGACAGGAUUCAAUUGACUGUGCGGUAG